AUGGCGCCUUCAACUGUCAUUAAGUCUACAGUGGUCGACUAUGCACAUCCUAGUGUCCGCAGAGAGCCGUUCUCGCAUCUUACAAUUCCUAGCAUCUUUUCGUCACGCCGAGGGCAUAAUGGACAUGUAGAAAACGCAGAAGAGGAACAAUUCAUUGAAUCCGAGCUCAAACUCCCUUCUUAUAGGUCCCUCUUUGUCGCAAUCGGGGGAAAUGCCCUCUUCCAGGCGAGUUUCCUCAUUUCCAAGUCGACUCGAACACUCAUUCCAAUUGUAACACAGUUCUCAUUUUUUAUAAUCGUUUCCUCUGCCAGUGCAUAUGCAGAACAUCUCGGGGGAUCCGCCGUCUUUUCUGGCCUUAUCAUUGGUAUCCCAACCGUAUUCUCCGGUAUCGCCUUGAUUUUCAUGACAAGGCUUGAUAAAGGUCGUUACAAAAGGCCCUUCCAAUUCGCAUACGCAGCCAUGCUCCUUGGAAAUAUCUUACACGCCAUGGAUUACUACUCUAACUGGCUUUACCUGAUCCUCCUGGGGCGAAUCGUCACCGGGUUCGGUUUCACCUCCUUCAUGUACACAAAGCGGUACUGUAGCGACCCACGCAUAGUUGGCGUUCGCCAACGCACAACCCUUGCCUCCUGGCUCGUCAUCGGUCAAUGCUUCGGCUUUUCAACAGGCCCCUUCCUCGGUGGUCUCUUGUUCAAAGUAGGGUUCUCCAAUUCCAUUUUCAAUGGGUUCACUAGCCCCGGGUGGGUGAUGGCAACCACAUGGGCCGUCUUUUGGGUCAUCAGCAACGUGCUCUUCGAAGACGUCCAAACGCAACAAGAAUCCACAUUAGAGUCUGACCCAGCAGAAUCUACCAUAAGCCUUUCCGCACGUCAAUGGGGCGUCAUAAUCUGCAUGUGCUACUACGCAAUGACCUGUUUCCUCAUCCUCGCCAGUUGGGAAUCCAACAUUCCCGUGUUCACCGCAUCCGCACUCGGUUACUCCCCCUUCCGCGCGGGAAACUUCAUCGCUCUGGGAGGGUUAGCGUCCUUCCCGUUCCUCCUUCUCAACGUUCGGUACGCCCGCCGAUUCCAGGACCGCACCACGCUAGCCACAGGUACUUCUCUCGGGCUCGCAGGACUUCUUCUCACACUCGUCCUUCUUCGAACUGAUAACAUCACAUUCGGAUCGUUCUACGUCUGUUGGGUCCUCGUCGCUCUUGGUUUCAACCUUGCAAGUACUUGUACACUUAGUUUACUCUCCAAACAGUUGCCAGACAACUGGAAUGGAAGGGUAAGUUUGGCUAUACAAUACAGUAACUAUCUCGGUCGCGUCACUGGUGCUAUCCUCGGUGGUGCUGGCGUCAAAAUAGGGAUGAUGAAUUACAUCGGUGUGCAGAUAGCUGUGGUGGGCAUCGGGGGAAUAAUGUAUUUAACACUCUGGAGGGAACUCAAGGCGAAAACGGGAUAG